AUGUGCAUACUGGCCAGGUAUCAUUUGCUCCCUUCUUCUCUGGUUUUGCUCAUUUUGCUCGCCGCCUGCACUAUGGGCUGUAUUCAGAGCAUCGCAUGCAAGCCCCGCAUCAGACGGGAGAACAUUGUGGUGUACGAGGUGUCCGCCUCUAUUGACCAGUGUCCCACCAUCAUCGAGGAGAACUCACCGAUUGUGCUGCGUUACAAGACGCCUUACUUCAGGGCCUCAGCAGGAGUUGUGAUGCCGCCAGUGCCCCGCAAUGAGACCUGGGUGGUGGGCUGGAUCCAGGCCUGUACCCAGAUGGAGUUCUACAACACCUACGGAGACAUCGGCAUGUCCAGCUGGGAGCUACCGGAGCUGAGAGAGGGUCGGGUCAAGGCCAUCAGUGACUCGGACGGCGUCAGCUACCCCUGGUACGGCAACACCACCGAGACGGUCACCCUGACCGGACCCACGUCCAAACCGUCCCGUCUGACGGUCAGCAUGAACGACAACUUCUACCCCAGCGUGACCUGGGCGGUUCCCAUCAGCAACAGCAACACACCCAUGCUGACCCACAUCACCAGGGACCAGAGCUUCAUCACCUGGCUGGUGGCCAUGAACUCCGUCACCAAGGAGCGCAUCGUGCUGCAGACGGUUCGGUGGCGGAUGCGGGUGGACAUCGCCGUGGACCCGGACAUGCCUCUGGGCUCUCGGGCCUCGUUGGUGGGUCGUCCCUACCAGGAGCAGCCGCACAUCCUCAACUACCAGGAGCCCAUCCCUCCCAACGCGCUGGGGAGGCCCAACGCCAACGACGCCCAAGUGCUCAUGUGGAGGCCGAGGAGAGGGGCGCCGCUUGUGGUCAUACCGCCUAAAUAA